CUCGGAUACGUUCAGUGUUUUGAUGCUCAGUUGGGAGGUCAAUCUGGAUAGGUCCGGUAGAAUGUUCGGUGUUCUCAAUGUAUUGUGUUUUGCGACAAUCGCAGUAUGUAUCAAAGGCAUCGAUGAUAUGACGCUUGAUAUACCUGGUAAUGACGACGAGAAACAGUUCAUAGAAGCAAUUGCGAGUACGAGUCAUCGACAAUCGGAUUAUGAAUAUGGGUCCCGCCAAAGAUGCACGUAUAGCUUUACCGUCGAGGAUAGAAUGGGAUCGAUGAAUUGUGGCGGGGGGCAUGGUGGGGGCUCGGGACGUAGCGCCCGUGAUGAUGAUACAAACGCCCGACUUGUGCGUCUCCAAGAAAGGCUCAACAACGAAUUGGUAGAACGACAGAAAUAUCACGAACGGAUUUUACUUGAUAUGUCGGAAAGCUUAGGCUUACGUCGUUUUCUGAACGAGAAAAAAGAAGCGAUCGCUGAGAUCCCCAAAUUAGGACUUCAUUUGCAAAGGUUAUUUCUGAACACAUCUGAGGAAAUAAAGCAACUUCGAGAAGAACACGCAUUAAUCACAGAGGAAUUGAAUAAACGACUGGGAACAAGUGAAAGCUUUAAAGUGAACCAAGUUUGGUUAAAAAACAAUCGAAAGUCGCGCGAACGUUACCCAUUUGAUUUUGAAAGCACACAGGCGACUCCAAGCGUUGAUUUUGAAAGUCUGUCACGCCCAAGCGAUUAUCAGGGACAAGGCCCCGAUUCUGGUGAUUUUCCUCGAGUAGACCAACGACGCUUGUUUUAUAACAUGAGCGUCGAUGUACAAUUGCAUGGGAGACGUUUGGGCUUUCUGGAACAAGCAAUAACCAAUGUAUCCUCCCGAAUUGAUAAAAUUCUUCUUAAGGAUAAAACUGAAAUUGAAGGCUUGAGAACGAGAUUUAUUAUAGAACGCAGCCAAAGAAUGACACUUUCUAGUGAGGUAGAUAAACUCCGGGAUAAAAUGGCGCGUGUGGAAAACCAACCAGCUAGAGCUACCGGUCCGUACAAUUGCCCGCAUUUAGACAAAUCAUGUAGCGAUCUGGAUUACAAUAUAACGCUGUUAAACCUGAGCCAUAUUGCAUUAAAGGGGAAGGUAGACAACGCAUUGCAAAGGCACUUUAAAGACGCUGAAAUUGCCCGUUCCAAUACCUAUGACAACGCUGUGCCGAUUUUAAAACAACAAGUUGAACAUUUAAAAAGAGACCAUGAACUUGAGGUUAACAAUAUAUGGAACGCCAUAAAGGACGAGGAAGUAGAAAGGGAGCGUUUAAGGAAUCAAAUGACAACAGCAAUGGGAGUCCAAACACAGGCGGCAUCGAGCCAGCAAAUGCAGAUACAGGGAAAUAAGAUACAAGGUAUUGAAAAGAUGCUUGGGAAUAUCUCCAGGAAGAUAGAAACACUCCAAUCUUCAUACCUAGAAGACGCGCAUGCGCUAGAAAUGCGAUUGAACCGAGCUUAUCAUCGUAAACAGCAGUUGAUGGAUGACCUGGAGCAGCAGAUGAGUCGUCUCACUCAAACUCAUAAUCAGAAUGACGUGUUUGAGGUCAAAGCUGAAAUAAAUAACCUCCAAGAUAAACUUGUUAAGAUACAAGAAAACGUUGAUGAACUUCAACAAGAUGUCUAUUUAUUGAAGUCAAAACAUAUGCAACAACUGCGCCAUUUUGAGGGACUAAUAAGCAACAUAACCAAAGAUAGUAAUGAAAUAAAACGAGAACAACCAAGGUUGCCGUCAACUAGAAAGCUCAGCGACAUUGAAGCCCAACUUGGAGAACAACAUGAGAAAUACCUACACAUUCAAAGUGCAAUGUUGCAGCUCACGACACUCGUGCAUGAUAUCAAGAAAAAGCAGUCUUCUGUCCUUGAAGACCUCGAAGAAAAAUUCAACGAAGUUGACCAAGAGAAUAUUAUCGAACAGGUCUCAGAGAGGAUGAUUAAAAAGAAGUUUGAUGAUACUUUGGAAUUCCAUCUGAGUGAUCAAAAGAUAAAGACCAAACACAUGGAAGAGUCGUUGUACAACAUGACAGAGAAGCUGAAAGAUAUGAAGAGCGAUCAUAAGAACAAAACCCAGGAUUUAAUGAUGAGGUUAUACAACGAGCACAAAAUGAGAGGAGUUCUUGAGGAGAGGUUAUCAUCGGAAGAAGAGAAGAACGCAAACCUAAGCAAAGUCGUAAAGAAACAGGAAGAUAUGAUAAAGCAGUUAGAUCAACAAGUAAGUACAGAGAACAAUGAGCGUAAACAAUUAUCAAAACUUGUGAUAAAACUAGAAGAUAAUGUUGACACUAUCGUUGUUAAACUUGGAGAACAAAAAGCCAGGGCUAGAUACUUAACAAACAAAGUUCAACAAACGUCAAAAUUGAAAAAUAACAUGACCAACUUGGUUGUAAAAAUGAAAGAAGACAUGACGAAGGAAUUGGAAAAUAAAAUACAGAGUACACUUAGUGAAAAGAAUAGUGUACAAAGCAACAUGAUGAGCAUGCUUGCGACGUUGAGGGAUGAUCUGGCAAAGGAAAUUGAACACAGACGAUCACUAGAGUUUAACUUACGGGAUGCAAUAUCAGAAAGAGAAAGUCUGGCAUUGAGAUUACAAGAUGACUUGCAAAAACGUGAAACUAUGUACAAGAAGAUAAUAGAAGGGGAACGCCAACGGGAACAUAUGAAUAGACAUAUCAACAACCUUGUGAUAGACAUGAACGCAAGAGCGAAACGCGAACGCUUUGAAUCAGAAAAAGAGACAGAGAACUCCGUUACAGCAAGUUAUGGUCCAGUUGAAACAACAACGUCAUACCGUUUGGUCGAAGCCACAACCUUAAAGCCUCGUAAACCAUCAACCAAACGCCAAAAGAAGAAACCUCAAAAACCAACCACAAAAAGGACACCAACCACACCAAAGAAGAAGACGACACCAAGAAGGCCAACCAAGCCAAAGACCCGCAAACCCAUCGAAAGAAUGAUAACAACCACGCUUACAACUACUACGGUCGAACCAACGAAGAAGGCGACUCCCAAAAGGAUGAAAACACCCGUUCAGCCGAAUACAGUCCCAAUAGAUUGCAGUGGCUACAAUGCAUUGGGUUUUACUCAAAACGGUAUUUAUCGCAUCAAGCCUAACUCUUCCGCGGACCAGUUCCAGGCCUACUGUAAACACGAUGCAGAUGGUGGUUGGACCGUCAUUCAAAGGCGAGAAGAUGGAUCGGUCGACUUCAACAAGGACUGGGUGGAAUACAGAGAAGGCUUCGGCAAUCCCGCCGGGGAACAUUGGCUUGGAAAUGAGCACAUAUACCAUCUGACGUCCACCGGGAAACAUCAGCUACGAGUUGAUAUCAAGCUUCCCGACAACUCUUGGGCCACGUCAGCUUAUGACGACUUCAAGAUUGAAUCAGAAUUUGGAGGGUACAUGAUGAGAUUAGGAACGUUCCUUGGCGGGAACGCGGGUGAUGGUUUCAACGUGGAAAGUUCGUUUUCGACAAACAAAGAUAUGUAUUUCUCCACGAAGGGUAAAGACCAAGACGAUUCUUACUGGUAUCAUUGUGCGGAGGACGCUAAAUCCGGAUGGUGGUAUAGUGAUUGCGGAAUUUCUAACCUUAACGGACCAUACAUGCUCGAUCAAUGUAAGAACAGAGAAUGCUUUGUAUGGGGAGACCUAAUUGAUCAUUAUGAUGAGGAAUUGAUGCAAAACUAUAAUUUGGAAACUGUUAUGCGAAUCAGAAGAUUUGAAUAGAUGACAUACGAUUGCGUAAAUGCGAGUGCAUCAUAGAAUGCUUGGCUCAAACGACUGCUGGACUGAGUAAAGCUUCAGUCACAUUUGCUUUACGGCGGCGUACGGUAGGAGUAGCUUUAUAAACUCAAAUCUACAUCGUACCGCUUAUCCCUACAUUUUAUGCUGCAUUUCUCUCGAAUUUGAGAAUCGGACGCCGUGUGGUUACCGUAGAUCAAAUGUGACAGAGGCUUCAGUUGCUCUGCCGAUAAGAGUCGCCAGCUGAGGCCAGGUUGAUGUAUAUUGUAUACCUUUGCUUUACAAUUUUUCGUGAAAUAUUCAACUUGAUAUU